AUGCAUAUUGGCCUCACGGUGACUCUUAUCUUGUGCUGUGCUCUCUCGCUGUACUCUUUUGGAAAACGAAGACGUCGCUCUGGCUACCUGCUGAAUAAGAAGGUUGGGUUCAGCCAUAUUGACAAGAAAAUGGCCGCAGAAAGAAAGGUUGCUGAUGGUAACGAGAUUCCUAAGGUCCUUGAAGGGCAUAAGUAUCCUGCAAAAGCACAUAAUUUAAAGGUCAAGGAGCAUUUGCUGACACGGAAUCAAAAAUGGCCCGCGAAAUCUACUGCAAUAUUUAUUGCUGGCGAGGAAUUGGAGGGUGUCAAAUAUUGUGACAUUUCGAAAGAAUUUAGACAAAACCGCUACUUCUAUUACCUUUCAGGCGUGAAUCUGCCCGGUUGCGCAAUACUCUUUAACUUUUCUACCGAAAAAUUGACUCUCUUCUUACCAAACGUGGAUUGGGAUGAUGUCAUAUGGAGUGGCAUGCCCAUCAGUCUCGAAGAAGCAGCGAAAGAAUUUGACGUUGAUGAGGUGCAUUAUACUGACAAACUAGAAGAGAUCUUUGGCAGGGAGCUUGAAGGAUUCACAGUUUUAACAACAGACCUGGAUAACGUUCAUAGUCAGGAAAUUUCACAAAUACUAACACCCUCUGAGGAGGACUUGUUCCAUGCCCUGGAUGAGUCUAGGUUGAUCAAAGACUGGUACGAAAUAGAGACAAUCAGAAAAGCUUGUGAGAUCUCCGAUAACAGCCACUUAGCAGUUAUGCGAGCAUUGCCCAUAGAACUCAGCGAAAUCCAGAUUCAAGCAGAGUUUUCUUACCAUGCUACUCGGCAAGGGGCUCGUGCUUUGGGUUACGACCCAAUUUGCUGCUCCGGCCCUGCUUGUGGAACGUUACAUUACGUGAAAAACUCUGAGAAGCUGGCUGGCAAGUCGUCUGUUCUCAUUGAUGCCGGGGCUGAAUGGAGAAACUACACUAGCGAUGUCACAAGGUGCUUUCCCAUUUCAGGUAAAUUCACAAGGGAGCAUAGGGAGAUAUACGAAACAGUCCGUGACAUGCAGAACCAAGUUAUGAAGAAGAUCAAACCCGGUGCUCAUUGGGAAUCUUUGCACAUACUCUCUCACAAGAUUUUGAUCAGGAACUUGUUGAAACUUGGAAUAUUCAAGAAGCGGUUCUCAGAAGAGGAAAUCCUCCAAAGGCGAGCAUCAUGUGCCUUUUAUCCACAUGGUCUCGGACACCUCAUGGGACUUGAUGUACAUGAUGUUGGUGGAAAACCCAAUUACGAAGAUCCUGAUCCAUAUUUUCGGUAUCUCAGGUUACGGAGACCACUUCAAGAAAACAUGGUGGUUACAAAUGAACCAGGCUGCUAUUUCAAUGAAUUUCUAAUCAAUGAAUUUCUGAAUAAAUACCCUGAACGAGCAGAGGUGGUUGAUUCAGAAGUCCUCAAGAAGUACAUGUAUAUCGGCGGUGUUCGCAUUGAGGAUGAUAUACUUGUCACAAGAGAUGGUUGCCAAAAUUUGAAUAAGAUUACAAGUGAUCCUGAUGAGAUUGAAAGAAUCGUAAGUGAAGGACUUUCAAAGGCUGCUUCUCAGUUUCAUAUUGUCAUAUAG